GCUUCAUAAGUAUGCAGACACACAGAGACCUCAGACGUUGCCGCCAGCAGGAACUCUACACAUUUGGUGAGGCUUGCCUAAGAAACCACCGGUCCCUCGUUACAAUAAAACAAAUACAUUCAGUCACACGGAGAAAUAAUUUAUUGAAAUACCUAACACUACAAGUUUCAGUUUCUUUUUAUUUUUCUUUUUUUGCUCAAAAUAAACUGAUUUUUGUGUAGUUAGGUUGGAUUUCAGCAAGAGUACGGUUGAUGUGCAAGGAUUGGAUCCACCUGGACAAAUUAUGUGAAGGCUCCCCUGGAUACAUCUUAGGCUGCGCUGUCUCUCUCCUAGAGAAGCAGCCAUGAAGACGGUAUUGGGUGACGUUGCCGACACCACUUUCCGGACAAUAACCUCUGGGUUGCAGUUCCUCGGCUCCAACGAUGUCAAUUAUGAUGACUCCACCAUCGAUGCCGAUUUCACCAAGGGUGGCUACCCUUUACAGAAGCCUCUGUCUGCCUUCCGCAGCAAUUCCUUUCCUGGCAAAGUGCCGGGAGACGAGGAACUCAUCCUCAAAGGCAUCCCUUUCUACCCGACCAAUGUCACAGACAUUCUGGGCAACAGGAGCACCUUCGGGGAAGAGGGCAGCACCAUCCAAUGCGGGGAGAACUUCAUGGACAUGGAGUGCUUCAUGAUCCUCACCCCCAGCCAGCAGCUGGCAGUGGCGGUGAUGGCGCUCACACUGGGCACUUUCACGGUGCUGGAGAACUUGGUGGUGCUGUGCGUGAUCUUCCACUCGCGCACGCUUCGCUGCCGACCAUCUUACCACUUCAUCGGCAGCCUGGCCGUGGCCGACCUACUGGGAAGCGUCAUCUUCGUCUACAGCUUUCUGGAUUUCCACGUCCUCCACCGCAAGGACAGCCCCAACGUUUUCCUCUUCAAGCUGGGCGGGGUGACAGCCUCCUUUACCGCCUCCGUGGGAAGCCUGUUCCUGACCGCCAUUGACCGCUACAUCUCCAUCCACAGGCCCCUGGCCUACAGGCGCAUUGUCACCCGCACCAAGGCCGUCAUCGCCUUCUGCAUGAUGUGGGCCAUCUCCAUCAUCAUCGCGGUGCUCCCCCUGCUGGGCUGGAACUGCAAGCGCCUCAAGUCGUUGUGCUCGGACAUCUUCCCCCUCAUCGACAAGAACUACCUGAUGUUCUGGAUCGGGGUGACCAGCGUGCUGGUCAUCUUCAUCAUCUACGCCUACAUGUACAUCCUGUGGAAAGCUCAUCAUCAUGCCGUGCGGAUGCUUAGCCGCACCUCUCAGAAGAGCCUGGUGGUGUAUUCGGCGGAUGGCACCAAAGUGCAGACCACUCGGCCGGAGCAGACCCGUAUGGACAUCCGGCUGGCCAAGACACUGGUGCUCAUCCUGGUGGUGCUGAUCAUCUGCUGGGGCCCCGUGUUGGCCAUCAUGGUCUACGACCUCUUCUGGAGGAUGGACAACUUCACCAAGACGAUCUUCGCCUUCUGCAGCAUGCUCUGCUUGCUCAACUCCACCAUCAACCCCAUCAUCUAUGCCCUGCGAAGCAAGGACCUGCGCCACGCCUUCUUCAACGCCUUCCGAAUGUGCCGAGGCAGCGCUCAGCCGCUGGACAACAGCUUGGAGUCCGACUGUCAGAACAGGGCCAACAUUUCCGCCAACAGAGCCGCGGAGAGCUGCGUAAAAACCACUGUGAAAAUAGCCAAAGUGACCAUGUCGGUCUCCACGGAGACAUCUGCGGAAGCUGUCUGACUGGCAGUCUCCAGAUGCUGGUGAAGCAACCUUUGAUUCUCACAACCCAGUUCUGCGCUCAAAAUGUCACGGCCCAUUCAAAACAUGAGAGAUGAAAAGGACAGUCUACUGGCCUAACGACCAGGUUGUAAGGAGGAACUAUCACAUGAGAGGGUCAUGAAGUUGACUGACCAAAACAACACGAAAGCAGAUCAUUGCUUCAAUGUGUCUUUUUCGCUGAACUGUGUGCCAGUGUAGUGUUACAGUGCUUGCCUAAGUGCCAAACUGAUUUCUAGACUGAAGGAGGAACGUGAUGCAGAAAGUAUGGAAACGAUUUCAAGCUGCUGUCUUGUCCUCUGUUGUUCUUCAUUAUGUACUCUGUUCUCUUCAAGUUAUCUCAUCAUAGAUUUGGUGGUACUGUGGGUGAAUUCAUGAAGGGUAUUUUUUUACUGUGAAAUCAGGUUCUCAGAAAUGAUAUCUUUACUCAUGGGAUAAGGGGCUAUUGACAUUUUUUAAUGAUAUAUGUUAAUAUAUAAAUAUAUAAUUUAGAUAUCAAUAUGUACAUAUUCUGUAGCAGCCAUGCCUUCAUGAAAUUAACAACAUACUGUAAAUUGAGUCGUUCGGUUGCAAUGUUGUACUGACUGUGGUCCGGCUUUGUAUAGAAAUAUGCUUAAUUCACAAAUGAUAACAAAAAAUACGCUUGAAGAAUGGGAAUGUACUGAUAUCAAACAUGAAUAUUAUUAAAAGAUGCAAGUGACAGUAUAUUCUUACAAAAAAGAAAGCACAAUAUAGAAGUUUUUUUGGUUUUUUUUACAAUAGAAUCAUUAUCAUACGAGGGUAUUUGUAUUGCUUUGUUUAUGGUUUUACCCUCUUAGUAGGAAUACCUAUUUAUUUGGUUGUGAAUAAAUGAAGUGUGCAUCGGUAAUUAAAAGCAGAAUUUAAUGAUGUCAUGGGAGAUUUUUAUACCUUUAAUCACCGAUAAUAAUUAGAAGCAAACAAAGAAAUCAGAAAUAUCAAAAAGGUCAACUUCUCUUGGGUUGACUAAGGAGGUACAGUACUGUUCAUUUCAUUCAUCUUGUUUGGUAAAGGAACUUCUUUGUACAUACAAGAUAGUGAAAGUCUUUUGGCUAUCAUUUUAGGCCUUUCAUAAGAUACAUUUAGAGUAAAAUUAAAUAUGUAUCUAGAAAUCGUAUCAUGGGAAAAUAUCAUUUUCGACAUAUCAAGAGCACACUUGGAAGACUAUUGGUGCAAGGACGUGUAGUCUUCAAGUUCUGGAUUGUGAUGAUUGAACAUAUGAGACAUUAAGGGAGGCCAGGGUAGUUCACGUAUGUAAGUCCUUCAGUUUGAACAUGUAUAACUUUGGCUUUCCGACCAUGAAUGAGAGGUUCAUUGUCUAUCAGCAGUCAUUCACUCUCAUUCGACCGUAACGUGACAAGGCACUUAAAAUGAAAAGAAUGAACAUUUUAUUGAUCAACAGAAGCCAAUUUAUCUUUUGGCAUUCUUGUGUAUAUCUGUCAAUAUUUUGUUUGCUGCAGAUGGGCAGGUUAUUUUGGACAUGAGUUUUUAUUCUGCAUUUCUUUUGACAUCUGCGGUGAACGUGAUUUAAACACAUUGUAAUUAACUCAAUAGAAAAUUGGAGUUUGCUGCCCUGUGGCAACCAGCUGGGGCUGAAAAAAAGGAUAAACAGCUUGCUAUUAAAAAAAUUACACGAGAGUUUAAAGCUGAAAUGUAUAUAAUCUUACUGUGUUGUUACAGUUAUUUCAAGUGUGAUUCAGUGAUGCUCUUCUGUUGCCAUUGUCUGUAGUAAUAUAAAUUUUGAAGUAUCAGAACAAGCUAGGAGAAAGCAGCAGGGCUGCAAUAUAAAUUAUAAAUGAGUAAUGCUUCAACCGUGAGCCUUUCCACAGCCUCCCACUGUGAGUGCACUAACAAUGUGUGGUUCAUCAAAGGUUUACCAAACGCUUGUACAGUAUUAGAUGUAAGGAGAGGUAGUUCUCAACAGCGGUUUAAAAUGGUUCAUUCGGUGAAACCGAUGAGCCUCAACCAAUACAACAUACCUCUGUUUUAAACAUGUUCAAGGUGUGGUCAAAGCACGAUCACCAUUUUAUGUCUUAGUGAAGAACAAAAAGCAUUGUUUGGUGUGCUGGCCACACUGUUGUAACCUUGAAAACCCCAUACAGUACUGUUUAAAGGGAAAUAUUUUACCAUUCAUUAUUGUUUCUUUUCUGUUGAACAGUUGGCCAACUGUGUUAUGAAAAUGACUUAUACUUAGGUGUAGUCAAUGGUUGUCAUUGAGAUACAUAGCUUACCGCUAUUGUUUAGAUAGAGUUUAUUUUAUUAUCCUGAAGAAACGUGAACUUCCCAGGGGCUGGCCUUUGGGAUUGAAUCAAGUAAUGAGCUGAUUGAUAUGAAAGACCAAAAAUAUGAUGGCACAAUGCCUGGCUUUCUCCUUUUUUCAGCAAAAUCUAACUUAGCAUUAGUCAACAAAUUUGUGUGAAAGCCCGCUGUAAUUUUUAUGUACUGUAUGACACCUUUUCUAGAGCUUUUACAAACCUCAAUGAAACAUUAAAGUUUGGCCUGACAUGACAGGACAUUCAGGUUUGAACUAGCUCGAUUAGCAGUGUUGUUCUGUAGCCAUUUAGCUUGGUGUAUAACUAUUAAGAAAACUGUGUUUCAGUGCAGAUCAUUCCCACUCCUGAUGCGGUGCUGUGCUAGAGGUCAGCUCAUUGCCAUUAUGUGGCUUCUGUACCAAGGUCGCAUGUAAGGAGUCCUCUGAAAAAGUCAUGUCCAAAAGCACUGGACAUUUGUGUUUGACGUAUCGCAAUGUAGUCUGUUACCAAGCCUUUGAAUAAAGUCACAGCUGGUUAA